AAUUCUCCCGCCACUGUCGACCAUAAUGUUAUUGUAGGUACCCCUCUAGUGCAACAUUGAUAAAACGCUUUGGUGGCUAAUCGAUGCUCUUCCGUCUUCGAACUCUUCGCGGUUCUUGAUCGAGUUUCGCAAAGGUUCGCUUACAUCGUUUAGGUUACGUUCCAGGCACGUCGGCUUGCGUUUUCGGGCAUUUCGGGUCGUUUAGCGUCGAAAACGAGCACAAUCUGGGAUGGAGAAGCGCAUAGAAUUAGAGAAGCGUGGCAAAGAUCCCGCGGAAAUCAAAGAACUUAUCUUGGACAACUCCCGGAGCACCUCCAUAGUGGGCCUGACGGCCGAAUUCACCAACUUGGAAAGCCUAUCGCUCAUCAACGUCGGUUUAACGUCGCUAAAAGGCUUCCCGAAACUACCAAAUUUAAAGAAACUGGAAUUGAGCGAUAACAGGAUAGCCAACGGACUAAAUUUACUAGAAACCAGUCCGAAACUGACCCACCUCAACCUUAGCGGCAACAAAAUCAAAGAUUUGGAAACGCUCGAGCCUUUAAAGAACUUGAAGAACCUCAAGAACUUGGAUCUAUUCAAUAACGAAGCGACCACGGUCGAAAACUACAGGGAAAACGUCUUUAAGUUAAUACCGAGCCUUAAGUAUUUAGACGGAUAUGACGAGCAGGACGGUGAGGCCGAAGAGGACACGGAUCUGGACGAGGAGGCGAACGAUCUGGACGAGGAGGUGAACGGCAACGACAGCGAGGAGGAGGGUUCGCUGGAGUCGGGCGAGGAGACGGGCGGUGUGAGCCUGGGGGCGGUGUACAACGAGCACCUCGACGAGAUGACCGACGAGAGCGACUACGAGGCCAUCGAAGACGAGGAGGACGAGGACGGGAUCGAAGAGGAGGAGGAGGAGAGCACCGAAGAAGACGAAGUGACGGUUACUGAUAUUUCGAGGGGAAAGAAGCGGAAACUCGAAGAUGGGGAAGGUGAAAACUAAAAUCCAGUCUGUGUGCAUCAUCAAUAAGUAGUGAUAUAUAAACAAAAAAAUAAACAAACAUUUUUAUUACCGACCAAUGAAGUGUCUCCAACUUGGUGAAGAAGAGACUUUUUGUUAAGUCGUCACCCCCUGGCUGUGGUUUCAUACUUUACAGAAAAAAAUAAGUAAUAAAUUUAAAUUUUUUCCCGUUUUUAAAAAGAAGUAACGAUUGCAAAUUCUAAAACGAUUUUUCGAUAUAAAAUAAUAUGUGAGGGAAUCCGAGGUGGGUUGUUAUAGGGCGAUUUUUUUAUAGCUUGGCAUAAACGUGCCAUUUUCGGCAUGCUUGCGAGUUUACAUUCGUUUUUGGUUAUUACAUCGGAAAUGUAAAUUUACUUAAAAAAUCGUUUUGAUAGUACAAGAAAUUUCUAAAUGUAAAUUAAUGUUUUGUUUUAAAUUUGUCCGAUUGCAAUCAGUAAAUGUACAUUUCUGGUUGUUUAGGUACAUUCCUUUUGGAUCGAAUAAAAAAUUUGUAAUUUUUUUCAAACUGCACUGGUGAUCAAAUUCGCUGAUUUCUAUUGACUUGUUUUUAAUGUAAAUUUUAAAUUGUUGAGGAUAAGCUUGUAGUUGAUCAAGGAAAAGUUGCAAAUUUUUUUAAAAUCUUGAAUGCAAACUUGCGAGUUCGGAAAAUGUACGCUUUGUUCAACAAUGUUAUACAUUUUAGAUAUAUAUUGCACUCUCGCAAUCCAACCGGGUUCGGAUUAAAAAAGGGUAAAGUAGCAGCCAGAAUUGUUUAAAAAAAAUGUAAGAGUCAAUGACGGUAUAGUUAUAUUUUGUACAUCCAUUAUUACAUAAUGUCUAGUAGUUUUUAGGGUGUUAACAUUGCAUAUGGAUUAAGUUAUUGUUUUUUUAUUGAUCUUGUGUUAUAUCAUCGAUUUUCUCAAAUUAAAAUUUCUUAACAUUGACCACAGACUGUUUUUUAUGCGUUAAUUCCCACCCCUGGAAAUAAUUAACAAUUAAAACAUAAUACACAAAUUUAAUCAACAUAUCACCAUGCACGUACAUAAAUAAAAAUUUAAAACCGAGUAUAUAAAACAAUUAAAUAGAUAAAAUAAUUCGACUACCCUAAAUUUAAAAAUACUCCAUAAACUAAGCAUCAUUCAACAAGAUUAAAUAUUCAUCUAAUACUAAUGGAUAUUCCACAUCAACAUUUUAUAUAAAAAUAUUUCAAUUGAAUGUUUCCGCAGAUACAAUCUGCGAAUUUAUUUGCUAUUGAGUAACGAUUGAAGAAAUUCAUCGGCCUCUGAGCACCCACUCGUGUCCUUCGGGGGCGCAUCAUCGUAUAUGAGAGAAUACAAUUCCAUCUUUUUCAAUUCCACUUGCGUUUUGUAGUCCUCGGCCUCGUCCGAGGAGGAUCGGGUGGUCUCUGCUCGCAUAAUACUCAAUAGGAAUUGUUCGUUAUCAGUACAAGUCGCUUGUUUCUCCUCGUACUUAGUCUUAUCAGCAUUGUAUUCUACUGUAUCAUCUGAAUCACUUGAACUACUUUUAGUAUCUGAAAAAUCCCCUGUUUUUAUCGUUUCCGUUCGAACCUCGCUUGUUCGAUUUUCGGUAAUAUCAUCAUCGCUUUUACACGCUAAUUUUUUCGUUCGAUUUACUCUUUUACGUUUCACCUUAUUAAUUACUUCUGACUCGUCAUCGGAGAGAUCCGGUUUCCGUUUAAAAGACUCGCAAUAAUCCCAAGUAAGAUUCAACCAAAAGUGGUGGUAAUUAUCGCGCAUAUUCGCGAAAUUAUCGUUGUCAAUUCUGUAAUUUAGAGAAUUAAAUAUUUUUUUUCUUUCGAGGGAAUUUAUACGUACUCGAAAAAAUCUUUCUUUCUACCGACGCAUCCCUGUUGAACCCAAUUUAGCAUGUUCCAUUGCAAUUUCUGGUCAGGUUCGAUCUGAAAUUUCCCAAAUUUAUUGUUUUAUCUCCACUAUUUUACCUUACACUGUAUAAUCGGAAUUUUAAUUAUUGCACUUACGUAGAAAUUUCUCCUGGUUAAACCUACAUGAAAGUCUCCUUUUAGUUUCCUAAUAAUUAACUUAUUAGCUACCCUGUCAAAUUUAUCUAUAACUAUCGUAGAUAAUUUGUAAUUGACGAGAACUUCCACGAGCUUAAUGUUAGUGAACGAUAUGAGGAAGAUUAGAGGUUCUUGU